AUGUUCUGUCUAAAGACACUUCUGUUUCUGCUCUUACUCCACAUGCAGCUUUCCAAGGCCUUUCCAGUAUCUUCCAAAUACUCAGAAGAGAAACAUGCAAAAAUUGUCCAGGAUUACCUAGAAAAGUUCUAUCAAUUACCAAGCAACCAAUUUCGGUCUGCAAGGAAGAACAGCACUAGUAUGAUUGUUGAAAAGCUUAAAGAAAUGCAGCGAUUUUUUGGGUUGAAUGUGACGGGGAAGCCAAACGAAGAAACUCUGGAGAUGAUGAAAAAGCCUCGCUGUGGAGUGCCUGAUAGUGGCAUUUAUAUGAUAACCCCAGGAAACCCGAAGUGGGAACACACUAACCUGACUUACAGGAUUGUAAACUACACCCCACAGUUGUUAGAGGCUGAUGUGGAAUCAGCUGUUGAGAAAGCCUUUGGACUCUGGAGUGCUGUAUCCCCCCUGAUCUUCACCAGGAUGUCUCAGGGAGAAGCAGACAUCAAGAUUUCUUUCGUCCAAGGAGAUCAUGGUGACAAUUCUCCAUUUGAUGGACCCAAUGGAAUCCUUGCUCAUGCCUUUCAGCCAGGCCAAGGUAUUGGAGGAGAUGCUCAUUUUGAUGCAGAAGAAACGUGGACCAAAACCAACAUAGGUUACAACUUGUUUCUUGUGGCUGCUCAUGAAUUUGGCCAUUCCUUGGGGCUCGCUCACUCCACUGACCCUGGUGCUUUGAUGUAUCCCAACUACGCUUUCAGUGAACCCAGUACCUACUCGCUCCCUCAAGAUGACAUCAAUGGCAUUCAGGCCAUCUAUGGACCAUCAAACAACCCUAUCCAACCUACUGGACCAAGCACACCCAGAAACUGUGACCCCAGGUUGACAUUUGAUGCUAUAACCACACUUCGUGGAGAAAUACUUUUCUUUAAAGACAGGUAUUUCUGGAGAAGGCACCCUCAGCUAAGGAAAGUUGAACUCGAUUUUAUUUCUCUAUUCUGGCCAUUCCUGCCAAAUGGUAUACAAGCUGCUUAUGAAGAUUCUGACAGGGACCUGGUUUUCCUAUUUAAAGGCAACCAAUACUGGGCUCUGAGUGGCUAUGACAUUCAGCAAGGUUAUCCCAAGCAUAUAUCAAACUAUGGCUUCCCAAGCACUGUCCAAGCAAUUGAUGCUGCUGUUUUCUACAAAUCAAAAAUAUACUUCUUUGUAAACAACCAGUUCUGGAGCUAUGAUAACCAAAGACAAUUCAUGGAACCGGAUUAUCCCAAAAGGACAUCAAGUAUCUUUCCAGGAAUAAGUACAGUUGAUGCAGUUCUCAAACAAAAUGACUUCUUCUAUUUCUUCAGUGGACCAAGAUAUUAUAUAUUUGAUCUUCGUGUUCAUAGAGUUACUGGGAUUGACAGAAGUAAUAAAUGGCUUAAAUGUAGAUAA